AUGGAAGAGCCUGGCAAGGAUAGAAAGCAGUGUUCAGAGAUUGCUUAUGAAGAGUCUGGGAGCAGCUGUGGCUCUAAAGGGGCACUGGACAACCCAGCCAAGGGUUUACUGUCAAUCCUACGCAAACUAAAAAGCACCCCAGACCAGGAGGUGAGAAUCCUCCUCUUGGGACUGGAUAAUGCAGGCAAGACCACGCUCCUGAAACAGCUGGCAUCAGAGGACAUCAGCCACAUCACCCCAACACAGGGCUUCAAUAUCAAAAGUGUACAGUCUCAAGGUUUCAAACUGAAUGUAUGGGACAUAGGCGGACAGAGGAAGAUCAGACCAUACUGGAGGAACUAUUUUGAAAACACUGAUAUCCUUAUCUAUGUCAUUGACAGUGCAGAUAGGAAGAGGUUUGAAGAAACAGGUCAGGAGCUGGCUGAGCUUUUGGAUGAAGAAAAGCUUAGUGGAGUCCCCGUGCUCAUAUUUGCUAACAAGCAGGAUUUGCUGACGGCUGCCCCUGCUUCAGAGAUUGCCGAGGGACUGAACCUACACACAAUCCGGGACAGAGUCUGGCAGAUCCAGUCUUGUUCAGCUCUUUCGGGAGAGGGAGUACAGGAUGGCAUGAACUGGGUGUGCAAAAAUGUCAGUGCUAAGAAGAAGUAAAGCGUUCUGAGCUGCAUGGAAAUGGAGGAGUGGUGGGAGCAGAAUUCUAGCCUGAAAACACUAAAUUGCUGCUUUCUGACCAAAUGUUUUUCCAUCUGUGCACAGCUACAGCUGUUAAAAAAAAAAAAAAGGAAGAGAAAAAAG